UUUCUUACUUACUAUCGACGAUGUCGAGGUCGACCUCGGCAAAAGAAUUCGAUACUUAUAUGCAGGACUGAGGAUGUGUCAACCGGUUUUCAUCGCGUUGUUCAUACCUACACUCCCCUGUUUGGUUAGCCAUUGCUGACGACGCGGACAGUAACCGAAAUGACGUGAAACCGUCUUACCAACGCACCUCGUAUAUAUUCUGAUCCAAAAAUUUAUCCAAAGAUCGAUAUCCAAUGACUUCUGCUGUAACAAAUAAUGCGAUACAGGCCUCUUCAAAUGCAGCCGCAGUACAAUCAAACAAAAUCAAACCCAAAACCAAAACCACCGUCGAAUUGACUGAUCAAACCAACCUCCUCCCCGUAAGACAAGUCGUCAUCGUCUUCCUUGCACUGUCACUAUGCGCUCUAGUGACCUCUCUUGACUCCCUCAUUGUCUCUACAUCGCUGCCCACCGUGUCGGCUGUGUUUAACGCAGGCUCUGUGUCUUCCUGGGUACCAUCCGCAUACCUAUUGACCUCCACAGCUUUCCAACCCUUGUAUGGACGUUUGAGCGAUAUAUUUGGGCGAAAGAGUACCCUAUGUCUCGCCAUGACUGUUUACUUUGUUGGGAAUCUUGCUGCAGGUUUCUCCAAUUCUAUCAUCCAACUUAUUGUGUGUAGAGGGAUCGCAGGGGCUGGUGGUGGAGGCAUCUCCAGCAUGUUGCAGAUCAUGAUUUCGGACAUUGUUCCGUUGAGAGAAAGGGGAAAAUAUGUCGGUAUAUCGGCUGGUGUGAUUGCGUUAGGAUAUGCCUUUGGGCCUAUCAUUGGUGGUGUUUUGGCUGAAAAAGCCAGUUGGAGAUGGUGCUUCUGGGUAACUCUACCUCUUUCCGUUGUCGCUACUAUCAUGGCGAUGAUCUUCGCUCCCUUCAAACCAAUGUCAGGGGGAAUUGUGCAGAAACUCAAGAUAAUUGAUUAUCCUGGCAUUGUCCUAACGCUUGGAGGAUGCACACUUAUCAUGCUUCCUCUUAUUUGGGGAGGCAUUACGUACCCAUGGAACUCCGUCAUUGUGCUGGCGCCACUGUGUUGUGGUGUCUUCGUUGUUGUGCUCUUCUGCCUUUGGGAAUGGAAGGUUGCAAAGUUGCCAAUUGUUCCAAUGCACAUCUUCAAACAUGUAACUGUAGUCGGUGUUUACAUAUGCAUGUUCGCCAACGGUUUCGUUUUCUUCUCGGCGUUGUACUACCUUCCCUUAUUCUUCCAAGUCGUCCUCGGAUACUCUCCUACUUACUCUGGAACUUUCCUCUUACCUGUUGUCAUGAGUCAGGUUGUUUCGAGUUUAACAGCGGGGCUUACUGUCAGUCAUACAGGUAAGUAUCGCACCGUCGUAUAUACUGGCUUCGCCUUGUCUGCGAUUGGAUGUGGAUGUAUCUCCAUUUUCAAUGCCAGCACGUCGAAAGCUGUGAUGGUUGUUUUAAUGCUUUUGACCGGAUUCGGGAACGGCAUGACCAUGCAAACUACAACCGUGGCUGCACAAGCCAGUGUAGCAAGAAAGGACAUGUCGAUUGUCACCGCAGUACGAAAUUUUGUUCGUAUGCUCGGAGGGGCAAUCGCUCUCCCAGUUGCUUCUUCGCUCUUAAACAACGCCAUCCGAGAUUUCAUGAAGAAUCUCGGAUUCCCUUCGUCUACAAUCAGCCCCGUAAUCGAUAAGCCCUCGCUGCUCAACAACCCUUCCGCCAUUUCAAGUUUGAGUAUAUCUCCUUCUCAGGCAGCAGAUAUACUCUCCAAAGGAUAUACAAAAGGGUUCCGAGACGUCUUUUUGCUGAAUGCAGCAAUGUCGGCGACUGCGACGUUGGUAAGUGUUGUGAUGAUUAAGCAUAAGGAGCUUUUAAGGGGGGAUGAGGAGCGAUUAAGGAAGGAGGCGGCGGAAGCACUACAAACGGCUAAAACGAAAGUUGUAGAGAAAGAAUCUAUAUAGAGGGAGUGAAUUGCAAGAUGCAAGAUGCAUAAGGAGUCCUCAUUCGGAGCAGUCUCAAGUGAAAUUUCGAUGAAAGCAUUUAGACCAAAGAAACAAACCCUUAAUAUGAUCUAUACAAAGCUGAUGUAUGACGACUGGCUGCAGGUGGCGAAUGAAUCGGGCUCCGAGUUCCAAUGCGGACGGUAUAAUUUCGCGUUCCGCCGGUGCGUUCUGCGUUCCGAUGGAUUUGCGUUCGAGUUCAUUGCGUUCAAAUAAGUGCGUUCGCGUUCAAUGUACCUGCGUUCACGUUCAAUACAUUGUGUACAAUGAAAC